AUGGCGGUGAAUCAAGACACAAAUUCCAAAAAAAGAGCAUUCAACGAAGAAAAGGUAUACCCAGAAGGCCCUGUUGAUAGUAAUAGUAUUGACAAGUUAGCGGAGCAAGUGCAACCCCACUCCAGAAAUCAAAAACCAGGAUUCGAUGACGAUGACGUCAACGAUCUUGAAAUGGUAUCCAGCCCUGAGAUAGCUGAUAUUAAUGCAGAAGAUGAUGACAAUGAUAAUGAUGACGAUGACGAAGAUGAUGAAGAGAUCAUUGAACAAGACGUUAUUGGCGAAUUGGGUGAUAACGUUCAGAUAGUGGAUGAUGAUGGCAACAUUGUGGUUGAUGAUGCCAACGCCGAUUUAGUCAGUCAAGACCAGAUAGAUAAUAUACCAACAACGACGAACUUGCGUGGUCAACAACAAAAUGGGCUACAGAAGACGUAUCCAUUGGCCAAUGAUUAUGACGCUUUAGCAACAAAGUUGAUGAAGCCGAUUGAGGAUUACCCAGUUGAAGACUCGGCUCAUUAUGUGUGGGAAAUAAAGGAUUGGACCCUGCUUCUGAAACAGGACAAAGUCAGGUCCCCAACAUUCAAGUGUGGCAAAUUUGAGUGGAAUAUUUUACUUUUUCCAAAAGGUAAUGGAAAUCACAAUUUCAUCUCAAUUUAUAUAGAACCACAUCCACCUAUAGAUGAGGCUACAGGUAACCCAUUGGAUGAGAAUUGGUAUGUAUGUGCCCAAUUUGGACUUGAUUUAUGGAAUCCCAGUCAUCCGGAUGCUCAUUUCCCAAACCAAAGCUCACACAGGUUCAGCAAAAGUGAUACGGACUGGGGAUUCAGCUCAUUGAUUGAAUUGAGAUCCUUAAUGUCAAACAAGAAUGUCAAAAGCCAGCCAUCACAGUACCCCAUUUUGGAGAAUAAUCAAUUGAACAUUACUGCUUUUGUUAGGGUUAUUGACGACUCCUCAACAGGAACAUUGUGGAACUCAUUAGUCAAUUACGACUCCAAAACUAAUGCAGGAUAUGUUGGGUUGACAAACCAAGGAGCCACUUGUUACCUCAAUUCUCUAUUGCAGAGUUAUUUCACGACAAAGAUAUUCAGAAAAUUAGUCUACCAAAUCCCUACGAACUUGAAAAAAAACGCAGCAGUUGCAUAUGCAUUGCAGCGUAUUUUUUAUCAGUUGUCAAAGUCGGAUGAUCCUGUGGCUACUCUGGACUUAACCAAGUCUUUUGGUUGGGACUCUUCAGAUGCAUUUACACAGCAUGACGUGCAAGAAUUGAAUCGUAUUUUAAUGGACAAGUUGGAAACUGCAAUGAAAGGAACUGAUAUAGAAAAUGGGUUAAAUGACAUUUUUGUUGGAAAAAUGAAGUCGUACAUCAAGUGUGUGAAUGUUCCUUAUGAAUCAUCACGAGUUGAGGAUUUUUGGGAUAUCCAAUUGAAUGUCAAGGGUUGUCAAAAUUUAGAGCAAUCUUUUAGGAAUUACAUCGAAAUAGAGAUGUUAGACGGAGAGAAUAAAUACCAAGCUGGUGAUGAAUAUGGGUAUCAAGAUGCCAAAAAGGGGGUUGUAUUUGAAUCUUUCCCACAAGUUUUGCACUUACAAUUGAAGAGAUUUGAGUACGACUUUAUGGUCGACGACUUGGUUAAAAUAGAUGACUUUUAUGAAUUUCCUGACAAAAUUGAUUUGAAACCAUACUUGGAUGAGGAUUUGCCGGCUGACGUCAAGAACCAAAACUGGAAUUACAAGUUGCAUGGUGUGUUGGUUCACCAAGGAACAAUUUCUAAUGGUCACUAUUAUGCCAUGAUAAAGCCCAAUGCUAAAGACGAUACGUGGUUGAGAUUUGAUGAUGACAGAGUAUGGAAAGUAUCCAAGUCACAGGUAUUCAAGGAGAAUUUUGGCGCUACUGAAUUAAGCAGAGAACAGUUGGCCGCCAUGUCAAGAUUGGAGCAACAAGAACACUUGAUCCGAAGAGUUACGUCAGCUUAUAUGUUAGUGUAUUAUCGCGAAUCUGAAUUGGAAAAUAUCUUGCCUUCAGACGAAGAGGCGAUAAAUGCAGUAAUAUCCCCAGACAUUGCCAAUCAGAUCCAAAGGGAAUGGGAAGAGAGGUUGAAGUUAGAGAAGGAAAGACAAGAGGCGUUAUAUUAUACCACAGCCAAAGCCAUAACUAUUGACACAAUCCAUAGUCACACCGGAUUUGAUCUAGCUUUGGAUCCAACUGUUGAGACAUAUUACGAUGAGAGUCUAACAGGAACAGAUUCUGAUCCCCAACUGUUUAAAAUUCGCAAGGAUAGCCCAUUUACAGAACUUGUUGACCAAAUAGGCGAGCUGUUGGGCUACGAAGACAAGAGUCUAUUCAGAUUGGGUGUUGUGUGUCAUAGAAACAAUCAUACCAAUAGAUUAGAUGAGCUCGUGGAUGAAAAGUUGAAGGAUUUGACUGUUCUCAAUUUCUACACCAAAGUCUUUAAUAGAAAGUAUGAUCAAAUGGUGUUUUAUGUGGAAGAGCUCAACAAGGAUAUCAACAAUAUAAACAAGUUGACAGAUGUUGAAAAAAGGAUUGACCCGGCAGAUUUCAAAUUUGAUGAAACUUUUGCAAAGAUGAAAUCUGUUGGUCAUGAAGUUACUAAAGACAUGAACUUUCUCGACACUGAAAGGCAUUCUGGCUACAUUACAAUUUUUAUCAAAUACUUUGAUCCUAUCUCUCAAGAAGUGAGGACUUUAUCACAUAUUACAGUACACACUAGUGAUUCACUCAAGUCGCUUGUUGAGCCAAUUAAAAAUUUGCUAGGAUUCAAAGAAGAUGUCGAUCUUGACUUAUAUGAGGAAUUGACACCGCAUAAAUGCGAAAAGCUUGAAAUCGAUAAGGUAUUUGAGCAACAGGAGUUGAGUACUGGUGAUAUCAUUGUAGCGCAAGUAACAAAUUUAAGUGAAUUAGCUGGUGAGAGACGUUUUAAGCAUGUUAAAGAUUAUUACAAGUUUCUUGCUACCCGUGUGCACGUGAGGGUGAAACCAUUCAAUGCUAAUGAAUCUGAUGAGGAUUCUGAUUACGUCGAUGAAGAAGGACAGGAUGAGAAUGGGAAUGGUGAACUAAAUGAAAACAGAGAGCGGAAAGAUUUGAAUGGACAAUACAAUGACGAAACGACAAUAAAGGAAAUUGAAGAGGUUAAGAAAUUGAGCAGAAGCUUUGAUUUGUGGAUCUCAACCACCUAUAGCUAUCAAGAUUUAGCCGAAGUCAUCGCUGGAGUCAUCAAAUGUGAUCCAGAAUACUUGAAACUAUUUGUCAUCGGUAAUCAAGGUACACGAUACCCCUUAAAAACAAGUCACUUUUUGUCACAAGUUUUCCCUCGAAAUGCUUCAGUUAGUCAACUUUUUGAUAUUGAGUAUGAGGUUUUGAACAUCAAAAUGAAAGAGUAUGAAAACUUGAAACCGUUCAAGGUGUUUUGGCUUAGUAAUUUGUUACAGUAUCAGGAGUUUGAGUUGUUGGUACCCAAGCGCGGUACGGUGCAGGAUCUUAUCAACAAGUUAUUACAUAAGGUGGAUGUUCCUGAAAAGGAUUUGAAACACCUCUUGUGUUGGUCUGGAUCAAACCACAAAUUUUCAGAAAUUCUCAGACUUGAAGCACCAGUGCUGCAAAUGAACCCAGAAGAUGAGAUAUAUUGUGGUGUAUUUCCGGCAGAGGCUGAAGUAUUGGCUGAUCAUGAUAUAAUCAAGAGAAAUUCUGAAGAAACUAUUGAUCCCGAGGAGAUUGAAGAUGAGGUGAUUAGAAAUGAGUUUAUUAAAGCUCGCGAUGCAUCAAACAAUGUCAAUCUCAUUCCAGCUUUCCAUUUCCAUAAACAAAGCACCAAUUAUCAUGGUAUACCAUUCUUUGUUAUUCUUUUUCCUGAUGAAUCAUGGAGCGAUACAAAGGAGAGAUUGAGGAGAAAAUUGGGUUUGGGUCAACAAGCAUUUGAUAAGAUUAAGUUUGCAUUAGCAGAUGCCAAUGACAAGGGACUGUAUAUUGAUGAAACUGACCCAGGGUUAAUAUUGUUUGAUAAAAUUGCCAACGGAAGAGCCAAUUUAGCCCUUGAUCAUAUUGAUCGUAACCCUAAACGUCAAAAUCCUUAUGAGAAGGGUAUUUCAAUAAGAUGA